AGAGUUACGAGACAUACUGUUUGAACUUUGUCCAGAUUAGGUCGAAAGUUUUCGCCGAGGCCUAUAUCAGCCCAGAUAUCAGUCCAUCGCAUCUAUCCGCAGAUCACUACUAUGAGCAAAACCUUUACAUUCAGUGUUCGUACGUCAACUUCGGCACGCGACACAAGACUUAAACGAAAGACAGAUGUCGUCAUCACACUUGCUCCAUCGCCUGAGGAUGCGGGUGGUGUGACGAGUAAGUUAAUACCUUGGAAGAUCCUCACGUUUCACGCCGAAAGCACUACAUACCGUUCAGUCACUAUAAACCCAGAGAUUGCCGUCUGCACAGUCGAUGAACGGGACAAUGGCGUCCUGAUCCCCAACCACACUCAAAAACUUGAGAAAGGUGGCGUGGUCGUACUCAAGCCUACGCAAGAAGGAGAUGGGUUGUAUUGGGAUGUAGAUCCUCCGCCUUAUACUAAAAAUAGUAACGCAGGCAUCACUGCAGGACAGCAGACUCCACCUACUGUUGCCAAUGACAGUUUCAUAAUCAGGAAUGAGUAUGGGGAAACUAAGCUUGCCCUAUGCUUAUUUGAAGAGGACGGCUUUGACCGUCUGCCUAUCGUUGAUUUGGGCCCACUCCCAAAGGGUGAACAAUUCACGAUCAAUGGACCCUUGUGUCUACAAGCCUACGCUAUGGUAGAACCAACAGUGGGAAAGCCGUUGGAAUUGAUGAAUUAUGCCCCGUUGCUGGGGCCUAUGGCUGUAAACGAUCUCCCCGAGUCUGCCUUCAUGCUUUAUAACAAGCCAAACGGGACAACCGCGCUCAAGCCUCCCUACUGACGUCUUGCAUUUUAACAUGGUACUUGUACGGAAUAGUAAGAGUCGUUACAUAUCAGAUUUCAAUGUGAUCUAAAUUGGAUAUUACCAUCCCUUGCCGAAAAUCACUGGUUAUUCUCCAAC